AAAGGAUAUAUAUGAAGAGAAACGCGAGGAAGGAUAUUCACAACAACAGGACAGCAAGCGCCAUGAGGAGCCUGAUUCUGAUUUCCGCUAUUGCACUUGCGGCUUCUAUGCCCAAUGACUACGAAUGGUCAGGGCCCAGAGAAGGAAGCUCCACUCGUGGUGCCGCUGGUGCUUCGAGAGCAACGGUCACUCAGGGAACUUCAUCGGGGAUAGCCUCUGUUCAAGGAACCAUUUCCGGAACAGCCGCUCACCAAGGAACUUCGUCGGGAACUUCCUUUGGUCGUGGGACUGCAUCCGGAGCGGCAGUCAGCCGCGGACUUUCUUCGGGAACAACCUUUGGCCUUGGAACCACGAGUCAGGGUCCUUGCGGAGGUGGACAGGUGCGCUACGUGGAUGGAAGUGUGACGCUCGUCGUGUGAACCGUCGCGUCUUUCUCUACGACGUUCCCUCCAACGUGCAGACAAGCGGCCCUGUCAACAUCCCCGAUCCUCACGUCGAGACCAAUAUUGUGUUAAUUCGGACUCCCGAAGGCGGUCUUGGACAACAACCUGUGGUCAUUCCUCCACCCCGACAGAAUCACGUGGUUUACAUCCUGAAUAAGCAAAACCGUGAAGGGCCAGGGGUGAUCGAAGUACCUUCAUCCGGCCCUUCAACCCCUGAGGUUUACUUCGUCAACUACGCCGAAGGAGAGAACCCAACCCUUCCAGGCGGGGUGGACCUCCAAUCGGCUCUUCAAGCGGCCAGUCAAGGUGCAGCUCAAGCUGUAGGUUUAGUAGGACAGUCCUCAUCGACUGUUGGUCAGAAUGUAGGUUCGACAGGUUAUUCUGGUGUUCAGAACUUCGGAUCACGGAUUCCAUCCGGCUCCUUUAGUGGUCAAGUGACCGGGUUAUCAGGUCAAUCUGCGUCAUUUCGUGAUCAAGCGAUCGGCUCCGAGUCGGCAGGUCAAACUACCCCUGACUUUGAUCUUAGGGGAUCAACACAGAAUGUUGGAUCAGCUGGACUUGCUGUCUCCACAAGUGGUAGGGCUGGAACCGCAGAUUCGACAGGUCAGCCAAUUCUUUCUAAUGGCCAGGUCUCAGGGCCUGCAAUUUCGUCUGGGUCCUCGAGCAGCCAAGUGAUCGAGUUAACAGGUCAGUUUGCUUCACUUGACGACCAGGCGAUUGGCUCAGCAGGUCGCUCUGCCUUCUCCGGUGCCAAGAUUCCUGGAGCAGUGAGUCCGGCUUCCUCUACUAGAGGUUCAUCCGUUGCAAGUCAACCCUCUGGUCUGUACACAUAACCAUAAAUUCCAGGGAGUUGCAGCCUCUAUAAUAAAUCAAAAUAAUGUUACAAUAAUUUUGCACAUAUCAUUAUGACAGUUGUUGGAAUAUCUUUAUUUUUUAUUGUUUGUAUAUUUACUUGAUGUUUGUUGUUCGUAUAUUGUUUUCAUAAUGUACAUGUUUCUAAAUAAAUCUUAUGAAAAAUA